CUCGUGCAUCUCAUCUCGACCGUCCAAAUUCACGAUCGCAAGAGCGAAACACGUCGCGCGUCGCACUACAUCGUAGCUCCGGCGAGGCAAGCCCCAUUUAUAUUCGCAUGUAUAAAUACGGACCUUUUGAAUGCCCUAAUUCCUUCUUUCGCUCUACAAUUUCCUCUUCUUCUGGUGUCUUCCAGAAAAUCCAUCUCCCGCAGCGCAAGCUUCUCGUCAUCAGCAAUGGAGUUUUGGGGUGUGGAAGUCAAAAGUGGGGAAACCCUUGCAGUCGAACCUGGGAAUGAGACAGUUGUGCAUCUGUCACAGGCCUGUCUGGGAGAAGCCAAGGACAAAGCAAAGGAAUCUAUACUUCUGUAUGUUAAUAUCGGGGGUCAGAAAUUUGUCCUUGGGACUCUCUCUGCUGUUAAGUUUCCCCAGAUACCUUUUGAUCUGGUGUUUGAGAAAAGUUUUGAGCUUUCUCAUAAUUGGAAAAAUGGAAGCGUCUUCUUUAGUGGAUAUAAGACACAACUUCAUUCUGGAUCCGAAGCUGACAGUCUAUAUUCUGAUUCCGAUGCUGAAGAGGGUCUUCCAGUUAAUGUAACUGCUCAAGCUGAUGUGCCUGCGAAAAAAGCACCAGUCACUGCUAAUGCCAAUGCAGUGAAGCCCAACCUUGCUUCUGCUAAGCAAAAGGUAAAGAUUGUUGAAUUAAACGAGGAUGGGAAAAACGAAGGAGAUGAUGAUGAGGGCACUGAUUUAUCUUCAGAUGAUCAUGCUGAGGAUGAUUCUGGUGAUGAGGACAUGGUCAAUGGAGGUGGUGAAAGUAGCGAUGAAGACGAUUACGACAGUGAGGAAGGGGAAAGUUCUGAAGAGGAAGAGGCUAAGGCUCAACCGAUUAAGAAGAGACCUGCUGAUUCUGUCCUGAAAACCCCUGCAUCAGCUAAGAAAUCCAAACUGGAAACUCCUCAAAAGACUGAUGGCAAGAAAGCCAGUGAGCAUGUAGCAACCCCAUACCCUUCUAAGCAAGCUGUGAAGGCGAUUGCUAACAAAGGUCAAGCUAAGCAACAAACGCCAAACUCCACUGAGUUCUCGUGCAAACCUUGCAACCGGUCCUUUAAGUCGGAUCAGGCUCUUCAAUCUCACAACAAGGCGAAGCAUAGCACAAGCUAAAAUUUUGGAAGUCUGAAGACCCUGGCGAUUUUGUCUGAAUGAGGUGGGUGAUGCCAAUUGAAGAGAGUUCCGCUACAAGUCAACCGGGAUGUUCUUUUUUGGUUAUUAGAUGCAGCUUUUCGUGACACUCCAUUCUGGAAAUAUGGGAUUUAACAGUCCUUUAGCGGCUUCAAACGUUUGAAGUUCAAACACUCAUGUCCUUCAGUUAGCUGUUCACAUGUUGAGUCCGGGCGAAACUUCGCAUAUGGAAUUAUUCAAAAUAGUUUCUGAUACUGGUGGUGUGGGCUAGAAAUUUUAGUAAUGGUUGAUGUGCAAA